GAGCUGUCAGUGUCAAGCUCGGGAGCGGGAGGAAGUGCCGGGUCCCCGAGGAGCGCGAGCCGCGGGCCGGCGCAGCGUGAGACAGCACAUCCUGCGCGCGCCCGGCCCGCCGCCCUCGGGAAACGCUCGGGCGCAGCCGCCGCCGCCGCCGCCGCGCUCGCCAACCCAGGGCCGCCGCCGCCCGCGUGCAGGAAACCAACAUGUCUGACAAAAGUGACUUAAAAGCUGAGCUAGAGCGCAAAAAACAGCGCUUAGCACAAAUAAGAGAAGAAAAGAAACGGAAGGAAGAGGAGAGAAAAAAGAAAGAGGCUGACAUGCAGCAGAAGAAGGAACCAGUUCCAGAUGACUCUGACCUGGAUCGCAAGCGCCGAGAGACGGAGGCCCUGCUGCAGAGCAUCGGGAUCUCGCCAGAGCCCCCUCUAGUGCAGCCGCUGCAUUUUUUAACAUGGGAUACCUGUUAUUUUCAUUAUUUAGUCCCAACCCCUAUGUCUCCCUCCUCGAAAUCAGUGAGCACUCCCAGUGAAGCUGGAAGCCAAGACUCGGGCGACCUGGGACCGUUAACAAGGACCCUGCAGUGGGACACAGACCCCUCAGUGCUCCAGCUGCAGUCAGACUCAGAACUUGGACGGAGACUGCAUAAGCUGGGCGUGUCGAAGAUCACCCAAGUGGAUUUCCUGCCUAGGGAGGUUGUGUCCUACUCCAAGGAGACCCAGACUCCUCUGGCCACACAUCAGUCUGAAGAGGAUGAGGAUGAUGAGGAAAUGGUGGAACCUAAAGGGGGCCAGGAUUCAGAACAGGAAAAUGAAGACAAAAAGCAGGAGGUGAAGGAAGCUCCUCCAAGGGAGCUGACAGAGGAAGAAAAACAGCAGAUCCUUCACUCAGAGGAGUUUCUCAUCUUUUUUGAUCGGACAAUACGGGUAAUUGAAAGAGCCCUGGCAGAAGACUCCGAUAUCUUCUUUGACUACAGUGGUCGAGAAUUAGAGGAAAAAGACGGGGACGUCCAGGCUGGAGCCAACCUCUCUUUCAAUCGUCAGUUCUACGAUGAGCAUUGGUCCAAGCAUCGAGUCGUCACUUGUAUGGACUGGUCUCUCCAGUACCCUGAGCUGAUGGUCGCUUCCUACAACAACAACGAAGAUGCUCCCCAUGAACCGGAUGGAGUAGCCUUGGUUUGGAACAUGAAGUUUAAGAAAACCACACCAGAGUACGUCUUCCACUGUCAGUCCUCCGUGAUGUCUGUCUGCUUUGCUCGUUUCCACCCCAACUUGGUGGUUGGGGGGACUUACUCGGGCCAGAUCGUCUUGUGGGAUAAUCGCAGUCACCGGAGGACGCCUGUCCAGCGGACGCCCUUGUCUGCGGCUGCACAUACGCAUCCCGUGUACUGUGUAAAUGUUGUUGGGACCCAAAAUGCUCAUAACCUCAUCACCGUCUCCACCGAUGGCAAAAUGUGUUCCUGGAGCCUGGACAUGCUCUCCACUCCACAGGAGAGCAUGGAGCUGGUGUACAAUAAGUCCAAGCCUGUGGCCGUUACUGGAAUGGCUUUCCCAACGGGAGACGUCAAUAACUUCGUGGUUGGCAGCGAGGAGGGCACAGUCUACACGGCCUGUCGUCAUGGAAGCAAAGCCGGCAUCGGGGAGGUCUUCGAAGGCCACCAAGGGCCCGUGACAGGGAUUAACUGCCAUAUGGCAGUGGGCCCAAUCGACUUCUCACACCUGUUUGUCACAUCGUCAUUUGACUGGACCGUCAAGCUGUGGACUACAAAGCACAACAAGCCGCUCUACUCCUUUGAAGACAAUGCGGACUAUGUGUACGACGUCAUGUGGUCGCCCGUGCACCCCGCGCUGUUUGCCUGCGUGGACGGGAUGGGGCGCUUGGACCUCUGGAACCUCAACAAUGACACCGAGGUUCCAACAGCAAGUGUGGCCAUUGAGGGGGCGUCCGCCCUAAACCGUGUUCGUUGGGCUCAAGGUGGCAAGGAAGUUGCUGUUGGGGACUCAGAAGGCCGCAUUUGGAUCUACGACGUCGGAGAGCUUGCAGUUCCCCACAAUGACGAGUGGACCCGAUUUGCCAGGACCCUCGUGGAGAUUCGUGCUAACAGAGCUGACAGCGAGGAGGAGGGCACCGUUGAGUUAUCUGCCUAGUGGGCUGAGCGUCCCCACCUAGACCUUCUACAGCCCAGCAUCUGCAGUCAAGUCAGCUUGUAUUCCUGUUCACUCAGUCUCAGUAUUGCCCUGGCCUUCUGGGUGCCAUGUUGUGCCAGCUUUGCUCCAAGUAUUCCAAAUGUAGCCCACCAUACUGUCCACUGACCUGAAAUUCGCCAGAGCAUUUCUGUCUUUAUAUUUCUGUCUCAAAAAUGGGGGUGGGGGGUGGGAGCCUUUCUGGGUUGAGUUGUUGCCUUUUAACUACUUAGUAGCUGUAUUUAAUAGCUGGAAACCUCUGGUUAAAUUUGUGCUUACACACACUCCUGGCAUAGUCCUAUUAAAUCCAUAUGAAGCCAGAUAUGAUUAGGUACAGAUGUGGUGUGCUUCAUGCUAUGGUACAGGGCCAAAGACUUGAGAUGUGGUGUUUUACACGGUGACUCAUAUUAUGAAUGGAUUUACUAGGAGAACAUUGCUGCUCCUUAUUUAUUGUGGUGUGCUGCAUGGAACAUAUUUAUUUGAAAGCAUUAAAAUAAACGAUCCUAGAGCAUGUGCCUAAUGAGAGGACUGCAUUGUCUCUCUGUUGCUGUUGAGGUUACAUUAAGUUCCAAAUAACAAUUACAGUAUGCUGGUUCCACCGAGGACAAGAAAUCUUUAGAGGUUUGUUGGCAGUGAAUGGAAUGAAUUUUAAUGCCUAUUAUUUCUAGGUACUUUAACAAUAUUUCAAAUAUAGCUGAUCAUUGAUACUUGUCAUUCAAGCUAACCCAGUCUGACAAAAGUCUAUGAUUCCUAAAUAUGACACUGGUAUUGCCAAUAAAAUGUUCCAAACCA